AUGAGCCAGCACGCGCUCCCCAGCUCGUCCAGGCAGCAUCCCGAAGCAGAUCGCAAAGUCCACCAUCGCUUACGAGGAAGCCUGGGCAAGUCACACUUUGCCAUUGACCCGCACGCGCUCGCACUUCCGCCGAACUCGCCCACGGGCCUCGCAGCAACGAAGCGGACCGUGCCGUCCAAGUCCAGCGCCACACGGAGCGAAGAAUGCAUCUUUGACGAAGUGCCGAGGAACGGCAGCUUCGGUGCUUUGCUGCCCAUCCUUUCAAGGUUGCCGCGCGACUUGGCGGCCCGCGAUGAUAUCGAGCAGGUCGAGGAGGAGACAGAGGACUUCUCGGGCACAGACUCGGCGCUUGACUACCUCCAAGGCCGGACCGUCCCCUACACUCGCUCUCACCUGCCCCAAAUCGACGAAGCCAGCCUGGCGCUGUGGCAGUCGUUGCACCACUUUCGACCUCUCACCGCCGACUACGCCUCGGGGUACAUCGACGAAGCGGUCACCAAAAAGCGGCGGAGCGCCACCGACGCCUCUCUGUUGCCACCUCACCCGAUCUCGCCCUCGUUUGAUGGACUGGACAUCUCGCACUGCCCCGCCUUUACCGCCUCAGACGCAGCGAUCACGACGAUCCGACGCGUCUUCAACUGGCAACUGCUCCCCGCCCUGCCACUCUCCAUCUCGGGGGAGUGGUACGGCGUCGUGUUCCGCUCCGUCCGUCGAGCCGGCUCGGAAUCGACGUCGUUCUACGAGGCCGACCGGUUGGCACACGAGGAGGCGGUUCGGAGCGGAGGACUGCUCAUGUACUGGUACGGUGCCCCCGAUCCCAAGACGGGCGAGAACCUCGCCACGUGCAUAUGGACCAAUCGCCGCGAUGCGAUACGGGCGAGCAGACUCGAGCUGCACGGCAAGGCGGCUAGACUGGCCAGGGAUGCGUAUGACGUGUACGACCUCACGCGAUAUACCGUCCGCAAGAAGGCGGGCGAGGAGAAGCUCAGCGUGGAAGAGUGGCGGGACGGGGAGAGGUGA